AUGAAAAAAGUGGAAUCAAUUAUUCAAAAAUUUUUGUUAUUCUUUUUUAUUGAAAAGGCUACGGUGCAUGUUGUUCGAGGCCUUCAUUUUCUUCUUCUAUUCACCAGUUUUGUUCUCUCUUGGAUAAUUCUCACCGUUCACAUCACCGUUUUUCGACAAUAUCAUAAAGAUCCGAACCUAGAAUGUGGAAAGAAAUCGCCAAUUUACCCCGAAAUUCUCACUCAACGCUAUAAAAGCUUUUAUGUGGAGAUUUUCGUCUACGAUUGCAUUGGAGUCAAUCAAUUCUUGGCUUUCAAUGCAGCUCUUGGUUUAAUCCUGGAAUUUACCUGCUGGCUGACUUCUGUUCUGACGCUUGUCGGAAUGAAAGAUAAAAUGGCUCGUUUCUUUUUCGUUCAUUUCGGUGUUUUAAUUUUCGCUAGAACCGCAUUUCUUAUCGUUUUUCCAAGAGUUAGCAUGGGAUCGCAUUUGGAGAUUCUGAUUGUCACCGCAGUUCAUCUUGGAGUCAGCCUCAUUGUCUGCACUUAUCUCUCAAUUUCCACCAUCUGGAAGCGAAAAAUCAAAGAAAAACUAAAGCUAAAUAGUCGACGGAUUAACAUCGCUGUGUUGAGAUUUCCAACAGAA